AUCAUGUUACCGCCGCUGGCUCCCGUCUCCGCGUUAUCUGUCGCCGUUAUAUAUUGUGUCCCACGCCGCCCGCCUUGAAGACAGGUCCAAUAUCGUACAUCGCACAUCAUGACUGACCCCGUUCUCAACGACAUCUCCCACAGGCGCUUUAACCUGCUGCGAGGAAGCUGGAUACUGGUUUCGCCGCACCGCACAAAGCGACCAUGGCAAGGUGCGCAAGAAGAACCAUCCAAGGUCACGCUUCCAGAGUACGACCCAAAGUGUUAUCUGUGCCCUAGCAACACACGAGCAAAUGGCGAGAACAACCCAAAGUUCAAGAACACAUUUGUGUUCGUGAACGACUUUAGUGCCGUCAAGGAAGAGCAGGAAAAUUACCACCCCGAAUCAAACAGCAAAUCACUAGCUUCACGACUACUUCGUGCCGAGGCUGUCACUGGAAAAUGCUAUGUCAUCUGCUUUUCGCCAAACCACAGCCUUACUCUCGCAGACAUGACCCCUGCUGAAAUAAUUCCUGUCAUCGAAACCUGGACCAACAUCUACACAUUACAUCUGGACCCGAAGUCACCACUUGCCAAACUUGCCGCCACACGGUCGAUACCUGAACUGGAUCAAGGUCAACUGGAGAGGCCCAACGCGCAGUAUCGGUACAUGCAGAUCUUUGAGAACAAGGGUCAAGCGAUGGGUUGCUCGAAUCCUCAUCCCCACGGCCAAGUCUGGGCCACUACAUCACUCCCUGAGGAGCCUGCGCUCGAAAUCCAGCAGAUGGUCAAGUACCGCCAGGAGCAUAACGGUUCCCACUUGCUCACCGACUAUGCUGCAUUAGAAUCAGAGCAGAAGGUUCGCACUGUCUUCGAGAACAAGGGUUUCUGGGCCGGUGUACCGUACUGGGGUGUCUGGCCAUUUGAGAUUCUCCUCACAAGCAAGCAACACAAGCGGUCGCUGGUCGACUUCAACAAGGAAGAGCGCGAACAACUCGCGGAGGUCAUUGCAGAGAUCACUCGCAGAUACGACAACCUCUUUGAGACACAGUUCCCAUACAGUAUGGGUAUCCAUCAAGCGCCUCUGGAAGGUACAAACGAUGAGAUUGAGUGCAGCCAUUUCCACAUCCACUUCUACCCACCCCUGCUCCGCAGUGCAACUGUUCGGAAGUUCCAGGUCGGCUACGAGAUGCUGGCUGAGCCUCAGCGCGACAUCACGCCUGAGCAAGCUGCAGACCGCCUGAGAGGUUGUUGCGGCCCACUUUACCGUAAGAGCUUCGAAGAAAAGCCCUACACCAACGGUAUCAACGGCAUCAAUGGCGCCAACGGUACUGAUGGGAUCAAUGGUUACCAAUAGGCAUCUUCCAGCUUGAUAUCCCCGAAAGUUUUCGCUGGGGAAGGGCGUUUGGGGUACUACUAAGACAACUACAUUAUUGUCGGGGUUCGCAGACUUGUAUUGCAAUUCAAGGAUUUUGGAGUCGAUAUCCACUCGAAGUACAGUGGGACAGCAUUAUUAUAGCAUUACACGGAGUGUGUAUAGGCGUCAGAAGGCAUAGGUCUUCUUCAAAUCAAACUCAACAACACACAAACCUAGCCAGCGAUAGCAGGCUUGAGCUCAUACACAAUUAGUCCCGUCAGCAUCCAACAAGAUUAGAUAAACGCUCAACAGCUUCCAUC